UGUAGAUCACCUGCAAUGCAGAGGAGGUACGUACCUCUAUCAACCUACCCACUUCAUCUUGUUUGCGUUCCGUUUUCUAAGCAAGCUUGCAAGUCAACAUUCUAACCAUUCAACAUUCUAUCGUCUUAAUAAUAGGUUACUUCUUUCUGUAUAUCUUUGGCAGCUUCUCAAGACUUCUCACCUUAGCUAUGUGUAUUGACACUGUCAGUUCUCCGGUUAUGUACCCUUGAAGGACAGCCGCGUUCUCACCCCCGCAACCCGCCUCUGGAUAGAAUGAAUUCGUUGUGGUCGUCGAAAGCCGCCGAUGAUGGUGUUGAUGCACCAAAGGCAUCGGUAGACGUAGCAGAUACGGGCGUUGCUGAUGUUGGGCCUGAGAUAACGAGCUCAACACCUAGCCGACAACAACCUGUGCGACCACCGUUACAGCGAAACCAGAUCCAGGCUACUCCUCCUGUACAGCCGACAAGCAAUCAGCCGCCUGACUCUAUCUCGUUGGCCCAGCUACGACGCAUAGUGUCCGAAUUUCCUCGUUCUGAAGCUGCCGCGUACGAUUUCGAAUAUUCCGAUACAGGACCUCACGAGGAAGAGAUAGACGAGUGGUUUGUCUACCAACCUUGGCAAUGGAUUCGGUUGAACGCUGCCCAACGAGCUUUUGAGUGGCAGUGGGAGCAUGACAUAGCGCCCAGGAAGGAUGAAAUUACUUGGGAUGAGGCAGAUGACGAGGCCAGAACAAACUUUAUCCUACAGGCGCUAGACGGAGUCCGAGCUAGUGAUGCUGCUAUGCGUGGUGCUGCGAUAGGAAAACUCGCCUAUCUCGUCCUGGGCCGAUGGACAGAUACUGCUGGCUCGUCCCAGGGUGAAAAGACAAAUCCGCGGAGCGUUGCAACACCAGGCCAGCUUGCCGCCAUGAAGUCUGGUGUCAAGUUGAUCGCAGAGUGGAACGGUAUUCCUAUUAUAUGGGCAGCUUUACGCAGCGCAUUUGAGACACUAUGGCUAGAUGAACCCCAGAGGCCGCAAGGUAGUAGUUUAUCGGAGGCACAGGAUGAACUUAUGAACUUAAUGACUAUUAUGUACAUGUGUAUACAGGAAACUCUUAACGACCAGGAUGGAAUGGUAACGGUUUACGAAAAAUUACUUGAAUUAGAACCUCGUUUGACAAUAUUCAUGCUCACGGCUUCAGCCAAGUUACGAUGGCAAGAAUUAAAUGUUGUACCGGCUCCUCAGACGCUUUUGUUGUUAUGGAAGUCGAUCCUUUUAGAGUUCGGUGGGACUCCUGAGAUCGAAGAAACGAAAAGGGCCCUUAGAGAAACGGCCACGGACGACAAGGAGAAGAACUUGAUUACCGCCACACCCCUCGACUAUCACGUAUUUCGGCAAGAAAUCACUUCGAAAUAUCCCGCCUAUGUACCUCCUCAGCCAGUAUUACCCCUCGAAGCAGACAACACCUCCCUCUUACCUCCGCUGCCAAAUCAUCCCACCAGGAAUAAUGGAUCCAAUGGUAUACUCCCUGCUCCUCCCGGGACGCAGAGUGGAGGCGCGUCUAUCCUUCACCAGCCUGUCCAUAUUGCGACGCCCGCACCGUCUCCUCCCCCGUCUCCGGCCGCUGGAGGUAAAGGAGGCAAGAAACAAAAUUACCAAACCAACCAGAACUUUCCAUUCAUGUACCCCCCGUUAGAUGCUACCAGUAACAGUGCAGGAGGCAAGGGUGCUGCUGGCCUGCAGGACUUCCUUGUUGGUCGUAAAUGGGAAGGCAGUGAUGUACCUGCAUCGAUUCUCGAGGCUGGCGAGCUAUUCUCGAAACGCGUGCGUAUGACCCGGGCGACGCGGCAAUUAUGGGAGGAACGGGAGAAGUUUCAAAAAUAUGAGAGGGGAUGGGAUCCCUCGGAUGAUGAUAUAGAAGACCUCGACUUAGAGGGUCUCAGUCUUGACAAUGAUGUCGAUGAUGAUAAGCUCCUUGAAGCCAUAGAAAAGAGAGAAAAGAAGGCGCGAGGUGCUGAGAUAGACUAUGGGCCGAACCCAAAUGUUGAUUCAAAGGUCAAGCGACGACUAGAAGCUAUCGAAGCAUUCUACGCUGCUGCUUUACCUCAACUACAAUCCUUGGUUAUAGUUCUGAUGAAGAGCAUAUUAUACAGUGUCACUGCUUGUAUUGCUCUUCCUGCUAAUAACCAGCAACAGCCAGGAAUGCCGGGGGGUAAUCAGCUCCGCGUUAAUGGCGCUCCCGGCACAAAUCGAUCGCAGAACAGUUUUAUGGAAGCUAACAGCUCGACAAACCAAGACGGUUCCGAGAAUUCCUUGGAGGAUUUGGAUGCUACUAGAUCUAGGGAGAUCGAAUCGAAAGCCGCCACGGGUAUAAUCCUCCUACUGAUGAAAUGGCUCAAGAUCUCGCACGUUUUGAAGUUUGAAUAUUUAGCUCAGCUAUUGUUGGAUUCUAAUUAUCUUCCUUUGGUUCUUAAGCUGUUUGCACAUCAAGAUAUACAACAGGUGGUUGACAGCAAAACAGACCGGCUAGAUCAAAGUUUUUUUCAGUUCUGCAACGAUCGUGCCCACUAUCCAGACAAAGUGCCACAGGAGUCGACAGAGAUGGACGGGCCAGAGGAGGAAAGCGAAGACGAUGCGGCACCUCCACCCAUCAAAAUGCGACGAUCGCCGCAUGAACAGGUAGCCGAGAGUAACGAGCUUGCAAACAAGAUAGAAGAACAGCUCCCCACUCGUCCUGAAGUGGACGAAUUAGGCUAUCCCGUAAACCCCCUGCCCAAGGAGCCUAUCACCGAUUUUUCACGCCGAAAUUUCUUCACCCUCAUCAAUUACGUGCGAAUCAUGCAGAAGAUCUGCAAAAAUAAAGCGCACCGUAACUUACUGCUCGUACAGUACAAAUCAUCAAACAUCAUCAGGAAAUCGCUCAAAGUACCGCAGAACGAGCUGCGACUGUAUACGCUCAAGCUAUUCAAGAAUCAGGUACCGUACUGCGGUCGCAAAUGGCGGCAAGGCAAUAUGCGCGUUAUCACUGCGAUCUAUCUGCAUUGCCGACCAGAACUUCGCGACGAGUGGCUGGCUGGUAGCGAUGUGGAUGCCGAAGUAGAAGAAGCCUUGCCUCUCGAGCAAGCCCUCCGGAGCUUAACGCACUGGUUCAACGUCCGGAGGUAUCCGGAUCAGAUGGCCGCUGAUAUCAGAGAAGCGCUACGAAACGAGCAAGACUUCUUCAAGCGUGAGCUCGAGAAGUUGGACGUGUGGGCCGAUGUCGGGCAAAUAGAAAAUAUGAACGCCGAAUGGGAUCACGCUGGACACGGUCCUGCAUAUGGUUGAGCUUGCCGAAGUAUUCGGUACGAGACCUUUGCCGCCUACAUAGUAUACCAAGUAUAUUUGAUGUACAAUGCAUUUCAUGUAGAUGCGACCAGGGUUCCCUCAUGGAUAGGUAUUGGACACUUAGCUGGAUAUUCUAGUGUCAUGAGUAGCUUCUUUUUAAGGACGUAGUUAAUGAAGCCUCCCUCGCUAAACUGACCUUGAGAUUUGCUCUAUUUGAUGAUGGUACAUUAUACGGGUUAUGUGCCUACCUCAGUUUGCCUAGCCAACUGCUGUCUAAUGCUGGGUAAUAGUUGGAUGCGAUAUAAAAGUGUAAGCGAAUUUGAAUGGGUAAGGGUUAAUCUACCUAUCGUGAUCUUUCGGGGCUGUCUGGUUAAGUCCUAUAGCGGAGGUACCCACCUAGCUAACAUGUCCAAUGGAUGUCGAUGUCGCGAUGCGGAGUGUCUGUUGGUGCCAGCUACAUAGUAUAUCAAUAUUAUUAUCCCGACAAAGACCCCGAUCCUUUCGGUAUAAGUGCUAGAUACAUACGAUGUAAGAUAGGCGCC